AUGAAGCUUAACGUUUCCUACCCGGCCAAUGGGUCGCAGAAGAUCAUCGAGGUCGACGAUGAGCGCAAGCUCCGUCCCUUCAUGGAAAAGCGCAUGGGCACCGAAGUUGCCGGUGACGCUCUCGGCGACGAGUUCAAGGGUUACAUCUUCAAGAUUACCGGUGGUAACGACAAGCAGGGUUUCCCCAUGAAGCAGGGUGUUCUCCUCCCCACCCGUACCCGUCUGCUCCUCGCCGACGGCCACAGCUGCUACCGCCCCCGCCGCACCGGUGAGCGCAAGCGCAAGUCCGUCCGUGGUGCCAUCACCGGUCUGGACCUUGCCGUUCUCGCUCUCUCCAUCGUCAAGCAGGGCGAGGGCGAGCUCCCCGGUCUCACCGACACCGUCGUUCCCAAGCGUCUCGGCCCCAAGCGUGCCACCAAGAUCCGUCGCUUCUUCGGUCUCGACAAGAAGGACGACGUCCGCAAGUUCGUCAUCCGCCGUACCGUCACCAAGGAGGGCAAGCAAGACUACACCAAGGCCCCCAAGAUCCAGCGUCUGGUUACCCCCCAGCGCCUCCAGCGCAAGCGCCAGCGCGUUGCCAUCAAGCGCCGCCGUGCUGAGUCUGCUCGUGACGCUGCCUCCUUGCCAACCGUGUCCACGAGGAGAAGGCCAAGCGUGAUGAGCUCCGCAAGCGGAGAGCUUCCUCCAUGCGGAAGUAAACUUCCAGACCCGCGGUUUUAUGAUUUCGUUCUGCGGCGAUGGGGUUUAAUGGAGGAGCUUCACGUCUUUGGGAUGAUUUGA